AUGACAGUGAUAUGGCCGGAGGGGUGGCGUGUUACUUCAGACGCUUGUCUUAUAUCCCACUCAGCCUGGUUUGAUCCAGGCAUCACAGCCAAAAGUCCUGGAAGCGCAACGCCCAGAAAACCUGUCUUAUCUGUGAGUGCAAGAAAGAUCAAGGACAAUGCUGCCGACUGGCAUAAUUUAAUCCUGAAAUGGGAAACCCUCAAUGACACGGGUUUUGCCACUGCAAACAGUAUCGCCAAUCUGAAACUCAGUCUACUGGAUAAAGACAAGAUAGAGUUAGAGGGUGGAGGCCCGGCUUACGCUGAAAAUGCAGAGAAGGUGUUUCCAGAAUAUUCUAAGGAGCUGGAGGUGCUGUGUGAAGAGCUGCAGGCCACGCUGGAUGGGCUGACCAAAAUACAGGUGAAAAUGGAAAAGCUGACUUCCACAACCAAAGGAGUCUGUGAGCUGGAAAACUACCACCACGGGGCGGAGGGGACCCGGCCUCCCAUGUUUGACACCUGGCCCACGGCCCAGUUCUACACGGUGGCCCGCGCGCUCUGUGACAUGUACACGAAGGAGCUGCUCCUGAAACGCGCCAUCUGCGAGGGGCUGCCUCACACCUCCAACCGCGACCUGGUCCUGAGCUUCCUGUCCAUGUGGCUGCACCAGCCCUACCUGGAGAAUGACGCGGUGCUGCAGCUGGAGAGUAUGCUGCUGGAGACGGGCCACCGGGCGUCGUGAGCUGCGCUCUGGGGGCUGCUGGGGACGGACCACGGGGCGUCAUGAGCCGCGCCCUGGGCAACUGCUGGCGACGGUGGUGUCGUGAGCCGCACUCUGGGGGCCGCUGGAGACGGCCACCGAGCAUCAUGACCCUGCUCUGGGGGCUGCUGGGGAUGGGCCACUGGGAGCCGCACUUGGCGGGGUGCACGAGCUCCAGGCCUGCCCAGCCUGAGUCUCCUGAACUGUGUGAGUUUGCUGAAAGCGCCAGUGACUGAUUGUACUUUUUUCACUCUACAUUGUCUGCUGCUGUGGGGUGAGUGUUCUAGUUUGGUACGACAGCUAUUGAGACGUGGUGGCGGGGCCUGCCUUGGAAGCACAAGGCCAAGGAUUUGCAGCCCGGCACAUAGGCCAGGCAGGUCCUGCCACGCUGCUCCGCAGAGCUCCUGGUCUCGGUUCCACCGCAGGAGCUGCACACACGCAGGGCCACUGUGGCGGCACUGAGCCCCGACAGCAAAGGCGGCGAUCCCCGAGAGAACGCGCAGGACCAGCAGAGCAGGGUGGGCAGCUCUGUGACAGCUCCUGGGCCCUGGGUUUGAUUCUUGGCACUGCCAGUGUUGACCCCCACAGAAACGGAUGAAUAAAAGCUUCUGUUCAGUGCA